AUGCUGCACCCACGCCCAACCACGUCGACGAACUUUGCUGGACAAUCACCGAACACCAUGAAGCUUAAACUCCAGUUUCUUCUCAUCUUGGAUCGUGCUGCUGGUGUCUAUUUAACGCUGAUUCAACGUUUGUUGCACUCGAUUCCCGACACAUGUUGGCCGAAAUCGCUUCUUGGUGCAGUGACCUCUUAUGCAGCCCCCACUGGGAUGCACAAAUUUGCUCGACUAGGCCGCACUUCUGGACGCUUUGACUUGGAUUUAGCUACUUUUAGUGCGCUGCAACACUUCGGAACGACGGUGUCCCAAGGGUCCCUGCGAUGUCUUGAUGACAAACAGGAAAUGGACACAUUAGUUACCGCCCCUGUCGCCCCUCGGAUCCUCUCCCGUGGUGACCGGUUGCCAUCACAAGAUGCUCUCUCAUCAGAGGCUUCAAAUCCACCUCCAGUUUCUAUCACAAGUCCUACAAAUCACACCACUGAUGUUUCGCAAACUGGUGUUUUUCCAUCUUUUCCUGCCCCUCCUACAUCCGUGGAUCGCGAAUCCGCUGUGAACUAUUUAACGCAGCACUGUCUUGUGCAUUUAGGCGAUAUCGCCCGUUAUCGUCAUCAAUUCAAUGUGGCUGCGGGUUUCUACAUCUGGGCUUGGAUAGUUCACCCAGAAUCGGGACAUCCAUUCAACCAGCUGGCCAUUUUGCAGUCAUCUAAGGUACCCCGGAAGCCUGUGGACACAUCUAUGUAUUAUUACAUCAGAGCAAUCGCGUGCCAGUGCCCAUUUCCUGCUGCGAAUACAAACUUAAAGAACUUGUUGCGCACACAUCCCAUUCAGAGUCACACUUCUAUGUCUUCCGUACGGCCUGUGCGCGAUGCCUGUCAGCUUUUGACCGAUCUGUAUGUCGCUCUUUCUCUCGAGGCAGAGUCAUCCGUGUUGGUAUCUCUGGCGAACGAGUUUGUGUUGUCCUCCUCAUCCCCUGACCCUGUUUGGUCUGCUGCGGACGAUCGACGACUUUUGAGAUUGGUCACCAUUCACGUCUACUUGUUAGCAACACACUUGGAAAACUACUCAGAAGAGGUAAUAGGCUUACCCUUGUAUUUAUUUGUGUGCAUUAUGACUGUAAUUUGCCCUUUCUUUGUUUCCGGAAAAAUAUUACCUAAGGACGGGGCUUCAAAGAUUGCAACUGAAGCGUAG